AGACAGUCCGAAUUUGGAUCUGAAAGUGUUGUUCUUGGCGUAGUUGACCCAAUUCUCUUUUUCUGCUGAGUUUGUUUGAAGCUCCGGUGAUCUCUUUCUUCUCCGGCGAAAUCUACAUAACUGUUUUCUCAUUGGUUAAAGCUGUGAUCUUUAUUGCUUUCUUUGAGCCGAGGGUCUAUCGAAACAACCUCUCUACCUGCCGGAGCCUGGUAGGGGUAAGGUCUGUGUACACUCUGUCAUCCCCACACCCCACUUGUGGGACUAUACUGCGCAUGUUGUUAUUGCUGACAUCGAAUAUAGCUAAGUAGCUUGGAAAAAUGUCAGGGCAAACCAACCGUUUGGUUGUCGUCCCAACAGUUACGAUGCUUGGAGUUAUUAAAGCUCGCCUUGUUGGAGCAACAAGAGGCCAUGCUUUGCUAAAAAAGAAAAGUGAUGCUUUGACUGUGCAGUUCCGUCAGAUUUUAAAGAAAAUAGUAUCAACAAAGGAAUCGAUGGGAGAUGUCAUGAAAAAUUCCUCAUUUGCUCUGACAGAGGCCAAAUAUGCUGCUGGUGAGAACAUCAAGCACGUUGUCCUUGAAAAUGUCCAGACUGCUACUCUGAAAGUUCGAUCACGGCAGGAAAAUAUUGCUGGGGUGAAGCUCCCCAAGUUUGAGCACUUUUCUGAAGGAGAGACCAAGAAUGACCUGACUGGAUUAGCUAGAGGUGGGCAACAGGUACAAGCCUGCCGUGCUGCUUACGUGAAAUCUAUUGAAUUACUUGUUGAGCUUGCGUCACUGCAAACAUCAUUCUUGACUCUCGAUGAAGCAAUCAAGACAACAAAUCGGAGGGUCAAUGCCUUGGAGAAUGUUGUGAAGCCUCGGUUGGAGAACACAGUUCUUUACAUCAAGGGGGAACUUGAUGAACUGGAAAGGGAAGACUUCUUCCGUUUGAAGAAAAUACAAGGUUACAAGAAGAGGGAGGUAGAGAAACAGAUGGCCGCUGCUAGGCUAUAUGCAGCGGAGAAGUCUGCUGAAGAAUUUUCUUUGAAGAGAGGUAUUUCGCUUGGUUCAGCCCAUAACUUACUGUCCCAUGCUUCACAGAAAGAUGAUGAUAUUAUAUUCUGAUGUGGAGGUCAGCUUUUAUUAGUGACGUUUGUUGUCAAAUAUAGAUGGAUAAUAUUAUCAUAUGGAGAGAUUUUUGCUGUUCAAUAAGAGCUCUGUGCAUGUUUGUACUUAAUGAACUCUACGGGGAGCUGCCUCAUUGGUUAGUUUUGUGUGCUUUUUUCAAUUUUUUGAUUCAGUGACAGUCUUUUUUACCUGGAGAGCUGUUGGAUGGAAAUUUUAUUUUUGAAGCUUAUCUGAUAUUUCUUGUCUCAAAA